UUUUUACCUGUCCAGUAGAUGUCGCUAUAUUGUCAAUAAGCAUUUCGACCUUCACCUUUUAUAUUGUGUACCAAAAAAUGUAAUUAUCUUAAAAAGAAAAUAGAAAAUGUGGCCGAAGUUGUUGUUAAUUGUUGUGAUUCUCUCCACCAUUCUAGAAUAUGGGGAGGCAAUUAUGUGCCAUAGAUGUUACAGUGCUAUGGGUGGAUGUGGUGAGGACGGUGUUGUUUGGAGAAUGUUCCCGUGGAGAGACUGCGGAGACUCUAAGUUUUGUGUCAAAGUUAUUACAAGAGAAGAUGGCGAGGAGAAAAUUAUCCGAGAAUGUGAGAAUAAUCUGAUGAGAUCUGCUUAUCACCGUCUGAGGAUGCCGGUUCUCCGUCGUCAUGGUUACUGCGAACCGUCCCGAAAGAACGAUUUCUGGAACCCAACUGAAACAACUGACUCAAAUAUGAUGUACUGUUUUUGCAAUGACUGGAAUGGAUGUAACUCUGCAAAUAGUUUAUUCGGAAAAGUGGUUCCGGUUAUCUCUCUUUGUUUUUCAUUAUUAUUUAUAGCAAAGAGAGUGAUCUUUUAAACACUAUUUUCAUCAUGACAAAGUUACUUUUGUCUAUUUUCAAUGAAUGAGUUGAUUGGUUAGAAAUAAUUGAGAACAAUUUGAUUGAUAUUAAUUAGUAAAUAAUAUGCAAUAAUUUACUGUGUCUUCCAAGAUACAGAAGGAAAAAUGAUCACAAGAUACAAAAUUUAAUAAAUAAAUAAAUAACUGAAUGAGAAAUUUUUGUAAUCAGAUAACAAAAUUGCUGCUCAAAAAGCGCAUUUUUUUAUGUAGCAAGCCAACACAUUUUGUUUGUUUCUUUUUCAUACUUUAAUAAAUAAUUAUCAUUCUAACACUCUUCACAAACUAUUCCUCAAAUAAACAGACUGUGCAAUUGAGUGCAUUAUUAUAUGAUAUGUGCAUGGCAUAUAAAGGAAAUGUUGUUCGUCCAAUGAUGUCACUAAUAUUUGGACACCAAACUGUGUCAGGAAAAUUACUUCCCCUCUCAAUGUGUUUAAACAUAUUUUGUUGUAAAUUCUCUUUCUAAUUAGCAUGUUAGAAUGGAUAUAGAUAGUAAAUUAUUUUCUAGCAUUUUUCUAUAAUAAUGCAAGGUUUAUCUUUCAAAUGCUUUGAAAUUAAUCACUCAAGCCUUAAAGUAACAAGCCUUCCUGAUUAAAUUUCUGGCAUUUGAACUUACACAUUGCACUAUUCUACAACAACUACAAUUUUUAUCUCCAAAAUGAAACAUUUUAACAUGCCGUGUUCUCAAAAAUGGGGAGAAGUUAAUUAACAUACUUUUAUUGCAGUGCUGGCUAGUUCCAUAUAAUUAUGUUUUAUAUCUGAUAUCUUAAUCAUUGUUCUUCUGUCUUAAAUGAUUUUCGUUUCAAUUAUAUAUUUUUGUAGAUAUUUCAGCAAAAAGUUCAUUCAGGUUUUGUGUUAUAGUUCAUAAACUUACUCGAUGAGGACUGUAUCAUAGAAAUUGUAAAUUCCAUCAUUUUUUUAGAAUAAAUCAUAUCACUUUGCAUUUCAUCAACCCAUUUUUACAGUAUGUACAAUGUAAAUUGUUUAGUAAAUAGUUUGUUAAUGCAAAAACUCAUAUGCAAGUGUACCUAAAUUUUCAAUUAUACAAUUUUAUGGGAAAUACUAAAUGUUGGAAGUGACAUGAAACUAUGGACAGAUUCAUGCAUUAACAAACAGUUGAAGUCAAACAAACCAAGCCUGUAACAUCUCUAAUUUUUCCUUUUAGGAUGACCAUAAAAAUUUCCAUGUUUCACAACUUGUUAUUUCAAAAAGUUACCACUGUAAACUGUGAUAGUAUACUUUGGUAUAAUGCCAUAUAUAGUAGAAUAUGAUAUUGUAUUUUCAUCAAUAUAGAUAAAUUUUGCUCAUUCUCGUUUGUGUCCUAAGAUAUCUCGUUUGUGUCCUAAGAUUUGUGACCCAUUUGGAAAUUUUCAGAAAAUGAUGUAAUGAUUUUAAAUAUCAUGGAAACAAAACACAUUUGGUUUAAACAUAUUUAUUCAAUAUAACAUUUAUAACCUUUGCCAGUAAAUAGCUUGAACAAGUUUGAUGAUAAUAAUAUCCUAACUAGGUAAAACUUUAGUUGAUAUAAAUUAUAUCAAACAUAUUCAUGCAUGAUCCAUUUGGAUUUGAAUGACAUGCAUUUAAACUACUAUAUUUGAUUUGAAAAUAGGUUGUAUAUAUCUACAAUGGAACAAUUUCACGAUUAUACAACGGAACAAUUUCACGAUUAUUCCAAUUAUAUGUACAUAGUCAAAAUGACUUUUUUUUGUAUUCAAAGAUUUGUUCAAAUCAUUAUACAUGUUUAUACAUUCCAAGUUUAGAGUAAGAAUGCAUUCCAAUCUGAGAUGAAUUUUUAGAAA